AGCGCGGCCGUGGCCCCCGAGCCGUCCGGCGGCGGAAUGUCUCAGGGGUUGCCGGGCGCGGGCCGCCUCAACGACCUGCCCGACCACUCGCCGCGGGUGCGCAGCGCCGUUGCCGAGUUGCGGCGGCGGGCGGAGGCAGAGCGCGAGUCUCCCGACCACUGCUGGCCGCAGCCCCUCACCGACGCCUUCCUGCUGAGAUUCCUGCGCGCCCGAGACUUCCACCUGGACCUGGCCUGGAGGUUACUGAAGAACUACCAGAAGUGGAGAAUUGAAUGCCCAGAAAUAAGUGCAGAUUUACGACCAGCUUCUGUUCUUGGACUUUUGCAUGCUGGUUAUCAUGGAGUCCUGAGAUCAAGGGACCCACAUGGAAGCAAAGUUCUAAUAUACAGAAUUGGACAGUGGGAUCCCAAGUUGUUUACAGUGUACGAUGUUUUUCGUGUGAGUCUCAUCACAUCUGAACUCAUUGUAAAGGAGAUUGAGACCCAGCGAAACGGAGUCAAGGCUAUCUUCGAUCUUCAAGGGUGGCGAUUUGCUCAUGCAUUUCAGAUCAGUCCAGCAGUGGCCAAGAAAAUUGCUGCUGUUCUCACAGAUUCCUUUCCGCUAAAAGUUCGAGGUAUCCACAUGAUUAAUGAGCCCUUAUUCUUCCACCCAGUCUUCACUCUUAUUAAGCCUUUUCUCACUGAAAAAAUAAAGGAACGGGUAUACAUGCAUGGAAAUAACUACAUGCAGAGUCUGACCGAACACUUUCCGGUCAGCAUUCUCCCACAGGAAUACGGGGGGGAGGAAGUCUCCAUGGAAGAGCUGGCCAAAGAGUGGACUGAUUUUAUAAUGGCAUCUGCAGAUUAUCUUCAGAGCAUUUCUCUGUUUGCUUAGGAAUAACCAUAUUACAUUAUUAAUAUCAAUUUUUGAAACACUGGAAGUGGAAAUAGGUAAUACAAAAUCUUUCAUAUAAACUUGAAAUUACUGUAAAUGAAACCAGUAUGUCUUUGCAGGGAACUGAGUAUUAUACUGACUGCACUUUUAUACUAACUGGAAUCUAUCAGUAUGUAUGUCUGAAGAGAUUAAUGAGUUCUGCAUAUUUACAAUACUGCUUGUAAUUGAUUAACUUGUAUGCCAAAAAGCUGAAUAACUGUUGGAUAUCAGAGACUGAUACUGCUCCUGUGAAGUCUUUGGAGACAACUCAUCUAGUAAUGCAGUCCAGAACCUUUUCCUUAGCUCUUGUAUCUUCGCUUGUCAAAUAAGAUACAAAAAAGAGCAAAACGGGAAUGGAGCAGACUUGUCUGUUGUGGAAACAUGACUGCAGGACUAAUACAAAGAGUUAAAAGAGGCUGCUUUGGGGAUUGUUUCUCAGGGAAAAAGGCUGUUUUGUUAGUUUGUGUCAAAUUGAAAAUGAUUCAGCAAUAGUGACACAUUUGUAUUAAUCUUUAUGCUGCUAGUACAGCAUCCUUUUUAGUGCUAAUGGACACAGUAAUCUUCCAGCUUUAGAGAGGAAGAUAGGGAGAACACCAUGUACUUAUUCUUCAAAGGACAGUAUGAAUCGGGAGGAGGAACUGGUAAGAGUCUCAAAACAACCUUGAAAAUCAUGAUUUUCUUUAUUAAAAAUAAUGUCUAUGGACAAGCUGUAAGCAGCUCAGAUUAUGAUCACCUUUAAUUCCUACUGUAGAGCAUUACAAAGGUCAGGAGCUUGCAGAUGUUUGCAGUAUCUGUUUGUUUUGGAGGGUGAAGUAGUUCAUCCUUUGUGGAUCUGAACUUCAGAAAUACCUGUUGUGAUGUGUAAGGGUGCCUGUAGGUCAUUUUGGACUUGAGCAUAGGAGACACUAGCUAAAGUAUCUUCAUGUGAUUUUCAGAAAAAUAACUGGCAACUCACCAGUGUAUGUCUUCUGUUGGGCAGUGGAAGAAAUUAUUUUAAAUUUCUGUUGAGCAAUUCGGAUAUCAACACUGCAUGUGUAAAGAAGCUAUUACUGCCAUUACAGAAGCAGUACCACCUUUCAAUCUCCAGUAUUCAAUAAUAUAAAUCAUUAUUUUACUUUUCACUCAGCAUUUUGUUAAAAAUCUCGUAGUUUACCCACUGAUGGAUUAAUUUACUCUUUUUUUAAAAAUUCUAUUUUGUAGUAAGCCAGAAGCACUUUGCAUAAGCACUGUAAAUUUAAGCAUUCCAUAUGAAUCUUUGUGUGAAUGGAUCCAUAACAAAUACUUUCUCAAGUAGCUAAAAAUGCUAUUUUUGGUUAUUUUGAAAUCUUUAAGACAUUGGGAUGUUAUAUUAAUAUAUCCUUAGGGGAAAGACAUGAGACUAUCCUAUUAAAUCAGAUAUGCCUUGGUUUAGAUUACCUUAUCUUUUAAUACUGCAUUACUGCAAAAGCCAUUGGAAGCUAUUGUUUAUUAUCAAGAAGAACAUCUAUGAAAGGCCUGUAGAGUACUUGUUGGUUUUAGUGCCUUCUGCUGUAGUAAGGUCAAUGCCAGAUAUGAAGCUAUUUCAAAACUGACAAGGACAUUUUAGAAUUAUUAUUUUUCUUCCAGUUCCCUCAUUUCCUCAAGUAUAUUUUUUAUUCAUCUCUUUCAGGAUACUUUUGGUAUGGAGCCUAAAUUUAAAGAAACAUUUUUUCAUACAUUCAGAUAUUUUUCGAUAUCUUUCUCAGACUGAAAUGGUUUAUGAUAGAAAAGCUCCUUAAAUACAGGAGUUCAAUGAAGUGCCAAUUCUUUAUUAUAAGAAAAUAAGUAGUCAGGCAUCUGGCAAUUCUUCAAGUGUGUAACUCAAGUUUCAAAUCGUUCACAAACUGGAGAACUGCAGACAUUGUCUUAAUUUUAUGCUCCUUCAAUUUUAGUCCUUGAAUGUAAACAGCAUCAACUAUAUGUCAGUAAACGGGGAAAUGCAAAGUUUUCCCAUGAAAUCAGUCUUACUCGUUGAUGGUUUACGUAACAGAGGCUUCAUUUGAUUGCAUAUGUAUAUGCACCUGGAUAAAAUGUAGCUGUUUGUUUUUUAGUCUACAUUUGGGCUGUACCAGCUCUAUUAAGUCCUAAAUGUCUUAAAAAUAUCCUGAGUCUGUUGAAUGGUAAAACAGUUAGGUUUUGUUUGGGUUUUUUUUCCCAAGAACUGUUGAUUACUUUGUGAUGUUUACACGUUCUACGUAAGGUAGGAACUCUAUGUAAGGGGCAAUUGCAGUUGCUGCUAGUAAUAAGGGCACAAGCAAAUUAGGACGUUUACAUAAUGAAUUGAAGAGGUGUUGGUAGGAUGAGGGGUGAUACGGCAGCUUUGAGCUGUCAACACAGCAAAAAAGUAAAAAUCUCAAAUAAAAAGUGCAUUAUUAUUCUCUAAGACCAUCGGAGUGCCUCUAAAAGGAGAAAGUAGCUGUUAAAUGAUAAUGCAAUUAUGAUUCACUACUGUAUCUAAGCACAAUGUUUUUUAAUCUUUUACUGUUAACGCCAAUGCUACGAAUAAACGUUUUUUACCCUCUCA